CGGAUCCAUAUACUAUAUAAUGGCCCAGCCACCGUGACACCGUCUUCCUCGCCUGCUCACCAGCUCCCCUUGAUUUGCGGUUUUACGGCGUCAUCUGUCUCACUUCCACAACAAUGAACCUCUCCUUGCCCCAAUUUUCCAUUUCUGUCCCCAUCAAUGGGUUAACUCACCUUGCAUUCAUUCCUUUCAAUUUGGUUGUAUUAUAUUUACGGAAAUGUUUGUUUCCUCUGGGUUUGGAUCACUUUGAUAUAUAUUCGCAUAGAAAAGGAUUGUGGGGCUUGAACAGAACGUAAACAUCUUGUGUCUGAAGUCCCUCUCUUUGUGAAAAAAGAGAGGGAUUAUGACAAGGCCUCUAUUUGUGGAUUUGCUAGCUAGUUGAUUCUCUUCGAGUGCAUUUGGGUUGGAUAAUAGAUCUGAUAUAGGAUUGGAAAUGGGGACCUUUAUUGGGGAUGAUAUGAUUGAAUGGGAUGCUCAAGAUUCAAGUGCACGAGAGGAGAAAAUCAUUGUUUCCGUAAGGUUGAGGCCUCUGAAUGAAAGAGAGUUGACAAGGAAUGAUUUCCCGGCUUGGGAAUGCAUCAACAACUCGACCAUCUUAUACAAAAAUGCUCAGAAUGAGCGAUCGUUGCUUCCAAUAGCCUAUACAUUUGAUAGAGUAUUCAAUACCAACUGCCCCACAAGGCAAGUUUAUGAUGAAGCUGCAAAGAAGAUCGCCCUUUCUGUUUUAAAUGGAAUGAAUUCAACGAUCUUUGCAUAUGGGCAGACGAGUAGUGGGAAAACAUACACUAUGUCAGGAAUCACAGAAUACACAAUGGCCGAUAUAUAUGAUUACAUAGACAAGCAUCCUGAAAGAUUCUUUGUCUUGAAAUUUUCUGCCAUGGAGAUCUAUAAUGAAUCAGUAAAAGACCUCCUCUGCCUAGAUAGCGGACCUCUAAGACUUCUAGACGAUCCAGAGAAAGGAACCGUAGUUGACAAACUUACAGAGGUGAUCUUAAGGGAUUCCGACCAUUUAAACGAACUCUUAUCAAUUUGUGAAGCUCAAAGACAAACUGGUGAGACUGCCCUCAAUGAAGUGAGCUCUAGAUCUCAUCAAAUACUGCGCUUGACUGUUGAAAGUGAAGCUCGUGAGUUUGUUGGUGCUGAAAAUAUGAGCACUCUAACAGCUACAGUGAAUUUUGUUGAUCUGGCGGGUAGUGAACGUGCAUCUCAGACAUCAGCAGCAGGCACAAGGUUGAAAGAAGGUUGCCACAUAAAUCGCAGUUUACUUACACUUGGGACAGUCAUUCGCAAAUUAAGCAAGGGAAGAAAUGGGCAUGUACCGUAUAGGGACUCCAAGCUGACACGAAUCCUACAGAACUCCCUAGGUGGCAACGCCCGGACAGGCAUUAUUUGCACAAUGAGCCCUGCUCAAAGUCUUGUCGAGCAAUCAAGAAACACACUACAUUUUGCAAGCUGUGCUAAGCAGGUCAGUACGAAUGCACAGGUCAAUGUGGUGGUGUCUGAGAAAGCAUUGGUGAAGCAACUGCAAAAAGAACUAGCCAGAUUGGAGAAUGAGCUGAGGGGCUUGACUUCACGUUCUGCCUCUUGCGGGCCUGCUUCGGCACUCAAGGAAAAAGAAGAACUGAUUGAAAAGAUGGAUAAAGAAAUCAAAGAAUUAACCCUUCAACGUGACAUGGCUCACUCUCGUCUUGAGAGCUUGUUACGCUCAGGGACAACAUCUCAAGCAUCACAAUCUUCGGGCUACACUAGCAGCCAUGAGAAAGGUUCUUCGGCAGAUGAAUAUUCAGCAUCAGAAGCAUCUGAGACUGUCGGUCCCAAUAGGCAUAAUUUCGGACUUGAAACGUGUCACACUCGCAACAAAUCUGAGGAUCCCAUAACCAGCAAGAUUGAAGAUCAGUUCCCCGAGUGUGUUGAAGAACAACUUUUGUCUAGCGAGACAUCACCAACACAAUUCAUUGAUAAGUACUUCGGCCCUGAUCCACUUAAGGGAUGGGAGAAGAUUGCUCAAGCAAGUGACAACACUGAAGAUAGCUGCAAGGAGGUUCGAUGUGUAGAAAUUGAUUUACUGAAGAUCGAUAAGGGUUCAAGUUCACCUUCCCUGGAAACAAGACAUCACAGCUCAGGAUCAUCCCCUUGUGUAGUAUUGGAGAAUGAUGCAUCUGAUCCACGCACAAGCAUGACUAGAAGCACUAGCUGUGCAGCAAUCAUCAGUACAACCACAGACUCUCUGAAUUCUGAGAUACCUGAGGAAAUCGAAAGCAAAGUAGACAAUACAGAAGGCGAAGCAGAAUCAAUUAAUGUCGAGGUGUUGGCCAAUUCGGAUAAUGCAUGCACAGAAGACUCUGAGAAUGCAACCACGAAUGAAGAAGAGCAAAAAGCAGUCGUGUUGAGCGAAGAAUAUCCGGAAAAGCAACAAGAAACAUGUGUAAAAGAUGUCAGUGAAGUGAUCGAUCCUACCCCAGUAGGAAAGCUUGAGGACAAUAUGGAAAUAGCUGAAAAAGCUACAGAUAACCUACAAGAAACUGCAGAUGACGGCUCUAAUGAAACUCACGACAAGAAGGAAUCUGUUCCAGAUUGGCGCAUAGAGUUCGAAAGGCAGAUGAAGGAAAUAAUCCAACUUUGGGAUGCUUGCCACACUCCAUUGGCACACAGAACCUACUUUUUCCUUCUAUUUAAGGGAGAUCCUUCGGAUGCUGUCUACUUGGAGGUGGAGCUUAGACGGCUCUCAUUUCUCAAAAAUCCGAUAAAUGGAGCCGGAGUCACAAAAGACGAUCCAUCUUUAUCACAGGCCUCAAGGGCAAAAGCGCUGAACCGGGAGAGAGAAAUGCUGAGCAGAAAGAUGCUAAGAAAGUUGUCAUCUAAAGAAAGAGAGGCUCUAUACAUAAAGUGGGGCAUUGACAUAAAGUCAAAGCAGAGGAGGCUGCAGCUAUGCCGGAAGCUAUGGACAGACACUGCAGACAUGGAACACAUUAACGAGAGUGCUACUGUCGUGGCGAAGCUGGUGGGAUUCAAGGGGCCAGGGCAGGCCCCAAAAGAAAUGUUCGGCCUAAGCUUCUCCCCGAAGCCAGCACAUAUGAGGCCCUUCAGCUGGACACACAGCCUUCCUUCGAUGAUAUGAAGAGAAGACUGAAGGCAGAAAUAGUAGUACACUUGGACAUCGGAAUGCGCAUUUUAUGGCGUUUGUACUCCUUCUACUAACGUGC